AUGCUGGACCCGACAACCCUCUCCUCGCUCAAAGUCACCGAGCUCAAAGCCGAACUCAAGAAGCGCGGGCUACCGGUGGGUGGCCUCAAGCAGGCGCUCGUGGAGCGGCUGGCAGAGGUUGUGAUCCAGGAGCGACAGCGGGAGGCAGAGGCAGAGGCAGAGGCGGAAGCGGAGGAGGAGGAGGAGGAGGAGGAGGCCGCGCCAGAGCCAGAGCCACAGCCAGAGGUGGUGCAAACACCCAUGCAGGACACGAUCCAGGUCAAUGGUGGCCAGCCGGAGCCGGAGUCGGUAGUGGUUGAGGCGGCCGAGGAGGUGCGCGCAGAGACCCCGGCGGUGGCGCAGGAAGUGCAGGAACCAGUGCAGCAGGUGCAGCAGGUGCAGGAGCCGGUGCAACAGGAGCAGGUGCAGGAGCAGGCACAAGUACAGGAUGUAGAGCCGGUACAGGAGCCCGAGCCAGUACAGGCCGAACCAGCGCAAGCCGAACCAGCACAGGAACCUGAGCCAGUCCAGGAGAUUGAGCAAGUACAAGAGAUCGAACCAGCACAAGUAGAGCCAGCAACUGCCGAACCAGCGCAAGAAGUCGAACCCGCAAAGGGAGCCGAACCAGUACAAUUAGUUGAGCCAGUACCGCAGAUCGAGGAGCCAGAGCCAACACCGGCUUCAGAACAGCAAGAUGUAGAAACCGUGCAAUCACCACCCCAAGUACAGGAUAAUGACGCUCCCAGCCCCGCAUCCGUUUCGGAGCAGCUUGAAGCCGUUGCGGAACAGAUCACAGCUGAGCAGCAGCAGGAACCGUCAAACGAAGCCGCCGAGGAGCCAGUGCCCCAGGCAGCUGCAGCUGAACCAGAAACCCCCGAGGACGACGAGGUAUCCAUCUACGAGGAGCCCUCUUCAAUUGAGGAAACCAAGGCGGACAACACACCGGAAGAGGCAGUCGAGCAGAAGCAGGUCGAAGAAGACUCACCAAUGGCCGAAGCACCAACAGUCCACGAAGAAGCCCCAGACAAGCCCCAAGAAGCUCCAACCAAGCUCGCCGAUAUCCCCGUGGAACCCGUCCCAGCGCCAUCCACCACCACCCACACCACCACCGAGGACGAGAUCACCGCCGCAAUAACCUCACAAUCCGACCUUGCCACUCCCACAGCGCCCUCGGAACCAAUGGACACCCGCGACGACACUCCCACAGACCUCCGCAAGCGCAAGCGCCGCUCCGCCAGCCCCCCACCCGCAGCAGCAGCAGCAUCCGAAGCCCCCGUCCCAGCCCACGACACCAACGACGACCCCACAACCACCAAGAAGCCGCGCGCCUCCUCCCCACAGCCAAAACCGAGGCAGCGCGACGCCCGCUUCAAAGGCCUCUUCAACACCGACAGCGCCGACCACGACGACGCCGCCGACGACAACGACACCGCCCCAGCGGACGACGACGACGACCCGCCAGUCCCGCCGUCAAUCCACCCCGCGACGUGCGCACUCUACAUCCGCAACCUCAUCCGCCCCAUCAACGACCCGCUGCUGCGCAGCCACCUCACGGCCCUCGCCGGCGCAACCCCGCCGGGCACAGAGGCUAUCUCGUACUUCUUUGUCGACAGCAUCAAGUCGCAUGCGCUCAUCAUCUUUGCGUCGGUCGCCGCGGCGACCCGCGUGCGUGUGGGCAUGCAUGGGAAGGUGUGGCCGAACGAGCGCACGCGCAAGCCGCUGUGGGUGGACUUUGUGCCCGAGGAGGCGGUGGAGGGGUGGGUUGCGAGGGAGCGCGAGAUAAGGGGGCAGAAGAAGUGGGAGGUCGUGUAUAAGGAGGGCGAAGGCGAGGACGGAGGCAUUGUGGCGGAGCUGGAGGAGGUUGGUGCGAGGGGCCGUGGUGGGGCGGAGGUAUUAGGUGCGCCGACGGGCCCGAGGGGCGCGAGGGAGAGGGCGGUGGAGAGGAAGAAUAGUGUACUUGCAGUCCAGAAAGGUGCGCCGACUCAGGAUGUGGCACCGCCGGCGGCGGGUGCGAGAACGACGAGGUUCGUGGAUCUGGACGACCUGUUUAAGAGCACGGUGGCGAAGCCGAAGCUCUACUACAUGCCUGUGAGUGAGGAGAUUGCGAGGGAGCGACUGGCGGCUGCGAGGGGGAGAGACGGGCAUCGGGAUAGACGUUGA